UCCAGCAGGAGGCAGUGCAGCCCUGGACAGUCAAAAACAACAACUGCAGCACAUUCUGUGUUCUGCUGGAGUGAGCAAUUGUAGGUGAGCUGAAAUGUCACUGGCACCUUGAGGUGAUUCAGCGCUGACUUGACCUAAUUUAGAGGUGGGUGCAGUAAAGACAGCUCAGUGGAUUUAGUCACUGCCCUCUGUUACCCAGUGGUGCUCUAUAUCAUCGGCUGGAGUGGACUCUGACCUACCCAGGAGCCAUGUGAUUCCCAUCAGUGCUUCUGUGUAAGAACAGCCAAAGGAGGUCUGUCACUAACCUCUAAAUAAGAUGACAGCAAGUCGUAUUGAGCGCCUGCAGGGACUGAAGAAACUUGUAUGACACACAGCAGAGGUUGGACAGUUCAGAGAGUCGGCCUCCUCUUUUUCUUCAGACUGUCCUCAGACUGAUCUCGCUGCAGUAUGGCUCUGCUGGUUCACCUGCUGGCCUGUGCCUUUGGCCUGGGUUCUUGGGUGGCAGUGAACGGUCUGUGGGUGGAGCUGCCCCUCAUCGUCAACACACUCCCGGAGGGCUGGGAGCUCCCAUCCUACCUGACAGUUCUCAUCCAGCUUGCUAACCUGGGACCUCUUCUGGUCACGCUCAUGCACAAACUGUGCCCGGGUUACCUUAAAGAGCGUGUUGUCAUUUACUCCAUCCUCUCCAUCGGUGUCCUCGCCUGCAUCCUGCUCGCCUUCUUCUGGGACAAGACUACGAUAGUGGCUGGGUCACUGCAUAGCACUGCCUUCUUCAUCAUCACCUUCUUCCUCUCACUGGUGGACUGCACUUCCUCAGUUACCUUCCUACCUUUCAUGAUGCAGCUUCCAGCAAAGUACAUCACCACGUUCUUUAUUGGAGAAGGCUUGAGUGGUUUCAUUCCUGGCGUAGUUGCUCUGGCACAAGGUGUGGGCAUCGCCAAAUGUGUCAACUCCUCUUCAGGAAAUGACACAGGAGGGAACACAUGGGCGAUACAUACAGAGUAUCUUCCUCCUAACUUCUCCCCCAGUGUGUUUUUCGCCUUCCUGGCAGCCAUGAUGUGCGUAAGCCUGGCUGCGUUCACCGCACUAAACAGGCUUCCUCGGACAUUCGAGCUGUCCACAGAAAACCUUGUGCCAGACACUGUGGCAUCUGUCAGCUCCGGGCUGGAUAACCCCGGAGCAGAGAAGGACGAAGGCGACGUGAAAGGCCGGGGAGAGGAAGAAGCCCAGAGCAGGCCUCUGCUGACAGGGCACCGACACUCCGUGUACCAGCUGACUUUCAUCUACUUUCUGGUGGUGUGGGUUAAUAGUGCAACCAACGGCCUGCUGCCCUCCGUGCAGACAUACUCCUGUAUGCCCUACGGGAACCUGGCCUAUCACCUCUCUGCAGCUCUGUCCUCAGUCGCCAACCCACUGGCUUGCACCAUUGCAAUGUUCUUCCAAAACAGGUCACUGGUCUUUCUUGGAGUGCUAACCGCGUUGGGGUCAGGGUUUGGAGGCUACAACAUGGCGAUGGCAGCUCUGAGUCCAUGUCCUUUACUUCAAGGGUCUAUGGUGGGAGAGAUGAUCAUUGUGGUCUCAUGGCUCUUCUUUACGGGGAUCCUGACUUAUGUCAAAGUAAUGGUGGGUGUCAUCCUGAGGGACCGGAGCCACAACGCCCUGGUCUGGUGUGGAGCUGCAGCGCAGAUGGGCUCAUUAGUCGGCUCGUUCACCAUGUUCCCGUUGGUUAACGUCUACCAGCUGUUUAAGUCCGGAGAUUUCUGCAACACUAAAUGCCCCUGACUUUCAAACUGAGGAGGCUCAGACACUCCGUUAAGGAAUGAUUAGGCAGUUUCUUGCUGAAAGUUAAAUAAGGGUUGAAUACCAUUCCUAUAUUUCCUUGUUGAGAGUCAACUAGCUUAGCUCAGCACAGCAUUCAGACCUAAAAUAAGGGCAAACUGUUUGCCUUGCUCUGCCAAAAGGUGCCAAUGAGCACUCAUCAACCUGUUGAUAUUGUUUCAUCUAUGCAAGACUCUAAAUACAACGUUGCUGUUGUUUUUCAGUUACCUUUGUCUUGACAAUUCAAACAAAUGAGCUGCUGUUGUCAGAUUUAUAUCUUUGUAAAUUUUAAACAAGAUAAAACUUGUUAAUUUACUUCAGAGAUGCAAGUAAGUCGGCCUUUUCCUGGGACAGUUUUGAGUUCCUGGUCUUAAGCUAAGAGGCUCAGGCUUCACAUGCAGUCCACAGUAAUACAACAGUUUUCUGUCUCUCUUCAAAGUCUUGCAAAGAGGUGAAUUUCUUAAAUGUGAAACUCUUUUAAGGUCCAUCCACAGGACCAAGAAAGUGCCAGCCUUUUGUUCAAAAGUGAUGUUUAUGCGUUUAUUUUCUUUUUUUUUCAUCCUGUGAUUUCUAAGUUAUGUUUGCACUUUUAAGUAUUCCAAAUGUUAUUAAGUAUUAUAAAAUAUUGUGUCAUUUAAUAAACUAUGAUGAAA